AUUUAGAUGUCAUAAUACCAUUAUUUAUUCAAAUUUAUCAUAGUUGGAGAUGGAAGUGUGGGGAAGUCUUGCAUUUUGUUGAGAUACACUGAGAAAUAAUUUCGAGAUGAACAUGACACUACAAUCGGAGUUGAAUUUGGAUCUUAAAUUUUUGUAAAGAAUGAGAAGACAAUAAAAAUAUAAAUUUGGGAUACUGCAGGAUAGGAUUCCUUCAAGUCAAUAACAAGAUCUUAUUAUAAAGGGUAUCUAAUUGAGAAUGAAAGUUUAGAUCCAUUGGAGUUUUACUUGUUUUCGAUAUCACAAAUGAGGAAUCAUUCCACAAUGUAUUAAAGUGGUAUAAUGAAGUCAAUGAUUAAGCUGCCUAAAAUUGCUAAAUUGUCUUGGUAGGCAAUAAAGUUGAUUUGGAAUCCCAGUAUAUAUUACAUAUUAUUUAUCAAAGUCGUAAAAUAUCGACCAUUCAAGCGAAGGCAUUUGCUGAUCAACACAAAAUGCAAUACAUUGAAACUUCAGCUAAAACCAAUUAUAACAUUGACUAAUUGUUUGAGAAUACAGCCAUGGAAAUUGUUGAUAAAAUCGAAAAGAAACAAAUUGAAUUUGCUUCAGAAGUAUAAAUUACAUUGUGAACAUUAAUAGGAUAGUGGCAUCAAAUUAGGUAAUUACUAUAAAUAAUAAAAUACAAAAAAAUAAGAAGACGAUUGCAAAUGCUGAUUAUUAAAAUUAACAAAGUAUCAUCAGUU